AUGCCACUCAACAACAUACUCGAGGUCGAGUUAUUUGACGUAUGGGGGAUAGACUUCAUGGGUCCGUUUCCUUAUUCUCAUGAAAACCGAUAUAUCCUAGUAGUCGUUGACUAUGUGUCAAAGUGGGUUGAAGCUAUUGCUACUCCAACCAAUGAUGCUCGUAUGGUAAGUAAAUUUUUCAAGAAAAUAAUUUUUCCCCGAUUUGGUAUCCCACGUGUGUUGAUUAGUGACAGGGGAACACACUUCUUGGAGCAUCGGUUCGAAGCGAUGUUGAAGAAAUAUGGAGUGCAACACAGGCUUGGCAUUGGCUAUCAUCCACAAACUAGUGGUCAAGUUGAAGUGUCCAACCGAGAAAUUAAGUCUAUCUUAGAGAAAACGGUUGCAAGGACAAGAAAAGAUUGGUCAGCUAAGAUUGAUGAUGCGCUAUGGGCAUACCGAACGGCUUUUAAAACGCCAAUUGGUACAACCCCAUAUAGACUUGUCUAUGGGAAGGCUUGCCACCUACCCGUUGAGCUAGAACACCGAGCGUUUUGGGCUAUUAAGAGCUUAAAUUUUGAUGCUAAAGCAGCGGGAGAAAAGAGGUUGUUACUAUUGAAUGAACUAGAUGAGCUCCGUCUUGAAGCUUACGAGAAUUCAAAAUUAUACAAGGAAAGGACCAAACGGUGGCAUGAUAAGAGCCUUGUGAGAAGAGAAUUCAAGGAAGGAGAUCAAGUCCUUCUAUUCAACUCAUGA